ACGCUCUCGGCCUGCUUGGGGGAUGGCUCGCACGAAGCAGACAGCGCGCAAGUCGACGGGCGGCAAGGCCCCGCGCAAGCAGCUGGCCACCAAGGCGGCCCGCAAGAGCGCGCCGGCCACCGGCGGCGUCAAGAAGCCGCACCGCUACCGGCCCGGCACGGUGGCCCUGCGCGAGAUCCGCCGCUACCAGAAGUCCACCGAGCUGCUGAUCCGCAAGCUGCCGUUCCAGCGGCUGGUGCGCGAGAUCGCGCAGGACUUCAAGACCGACCUGCGCUUCCAGAGCUCGGCCGUGAUGGCGCUGCAGGAGGCGUGCGAGGCCUACCUGGUGGGGCUCUUCGAGGACACCAACCUGUGCGCCAUCCACGCCAAGCGCGUCACCAUCAUGCCCAAGGACAUCCAGCUGGCGCGCCGCAUCCGCGGCGAGAGGGCGUAAGUUCUUAACGAAGGAUCGCCGACCUUAAACCCAAAGGCUCUUUUCAGAGCCACCCAAUUAGCUCAACAAAAGUGGCUGUGAAACUUUAGAUGGUGUUUAGGUGACCGUGGCCAUACUAGGCAUUACUUGAAAUCUAGUUCUAAUGGGACUUCUACCCGGCAAAAAGGUCCGUUUUUGAAAACCAUGUGACAGACUGCAUAUGAUCCUGUCAACCCACUUUCCUAGACUAUAUCGUGUACCUUUACUGAAAAGGGGACGACCUUGAACCAGUAGCCGCGUACAUGAACUGCCCACUUUGAAAGGGCCUAAUUUUGCCUCUAAGAAAUUUGAGCUUUAGGUUACAUCCCCAACUAUCAGGAAACACUUCGAAGAUCAUAGCGUUUACACUAUACGUAACUCAACAAACUUCAGAGCAAUACAGAAUACUGAAUAAUGACAGCUCCAAAUUCCAAAGGCUUCGCUUCAGUUUUCCCCACACCUUUGCUCUUACCCCUAAUACUUCUCGGCUACAUCUGAGAUGGGAGUUGAUGCAUCGACCUAAAUCAGGUGGACAACCAUCAACAAAAAACAAGAUUUCACCUGGAAUUGUGUGGUUUGCUUGGAUUGCUUUACAUUCCUGGAUUUUGAUAAAACAACUUUGACUUUACAAAAUAUUUGCAUUUUUCCAAGUAAUAAGGUUGGAUGUGUGUGUGUGUGUGUGUGUGUGUGUGUGUGUACUCGCGUGUGUCAUUGCGUUGUAUUUUUAUUUAAAUUUCCAGGCUCUCCUACAUGUAAUCGUCUGGCACAGACCUUUGUUAUCCAUGUAAAAGGUCUCAAUGAUGCCCUUGGCUUGAGCCAGGGUCUGUCCACUGCCCCAGCCCACAUCUGGGCCCCAGCUGAAGUCGAAAUAUCUUGGUUUUUCUUAUUGCUGUGCUGGCUUUUAUGUACAUUGUUUGGCUUUUUCCUCGAUAUGUUAUGUAUCUGUUAGAAAAAGGGUGUUUAAGGCACAGGGCCUGAAAGGAUAGCUUUAAAAAGGUACAAGUGCCCAUUGCUGUCUGAGGGUGGGAUGGCCAGGGGACAGUGGCUCAGAUUGGCUGCCCCUGCCCUCCCCCAUCCCCUUCCCAGUCAAGGAAUGUGGAUUUGGUUCUAAGUCUUCAUUUACUUGAGCCCCUCAACAGAAAAACUGCCCAGUGUCUGGUGAAUAAGGAUAGCACUAUCUUAGAAUCCAUAACGUUGUUAAUCUUUCUGCAGGAGUAUUCUGGAAACUGGAAGCACAGGGCAGCAUUUAGAUGUCAGAUUGCCCACAUUCAAAUCCCAGUGUUACCACUUACCUUAUCGUCUGACACAAAUUGAUUUCUCCAUCAUCAGAAAAAUAGGGAAUAACACUACCCACCUUAGUGGGUAUCAUAGUUACUGGGAUCAUAGAAGUUGAUUUUUGGACACAUGGCAUUGGAGAAAUGCUAUGAAUUUUCCUGAGCUCUGUGUGAUUCUCCCUUAUACUCUAACAUUUCUUUGAAAAUUGAAAUAAAAACUCAAACUUUCCCCUCUAAAUGUCCUUUUCAUUGGGCAUGACUUUAUUGAAUAGACUCGGCCCAGUUUGGAAAUGAAACUUCAGCGGGUAUUCUAAAAUCAAAGAAUGGAGGAAAUUGAGUCAUAAAUAUUGCAAAUAUUUUGUAAAGUCAAAGUUGUUUUAUCAAAAUCCAGGAAUGAAAAGCAAUCCAAGCAAACCACACAAUUCAAGGUGAAUCUUGUGUUUUGUUGAUGGUUGUCCACCUGAUUUAGGUCGGUGCAUCAACUCCCAUCUCAGAUGUAGGCCACAAAUGUUAGGAGUAAGAGCUAAGGUGUGUUGGGGGGGGGGGGGGGGAAGAAAUUUACUGAAUAUAUUGGAAGGGGAGCUGUGCCCACAUUUUAAUAUCACUGCACGAAGCAUUUAUUACUUUCUAUUAGCGGAGUGACUAUGGUCAUGCUGGAGGGAAAAAAAGGCGUUUAACAUACAGAUUGUAUUUUUUAAAUGGCUGUUGGAAGGUCCUUCAUGAAACACGGUGUUUCUUUCCCAGACACCAUGGUGAUACGACACCACAUGCUGAAAUUCACUGCUACUACUGCUGGCUCUCGAACUUUGGGUUUAUACAGACUUUCAGAAGAGAGGAGGAGGCCAAGGUCAGGGUGUAUUUUUCAGAGUUAAAGAUUUAGUAGUAGCCCUUCCAGUCAUCCCAGUAGAAGUGACUUGCUAAUCCAUGAGUGUCUGAGGUUUAACACCACAGUGGGAAGUCAGUGUAGAAAUGUGAAUUGUACUCCAGAUUCGGCUGCCGGAGAGCCAGGAAGGAACAUUACUUGUCAAUGCCCCUUUGGAAAGGGCACCUAGGGAUAUUCUCAGGCAACCAUAUUUAACAUGUCAUGUAUGAACAGAAAAACAGCCUGUCAGUCACUAGGUGAAUGAAUAAAGACGGCGUCUUACAUA